AUGCCCUCGAGACCUUACUCUUUAAUGAACCCCGAAUCCAACUUGCAUUUGCAUACACUAAACUCAGAAAACGAACACACCUCUUCUUCUUCUUCUUCAUCUCUAUCAUCAGUCGCCAAAAAAUUGCACAAUCUCGAAAGUUUUUACGAUUGUGCCAACAAUUUACUCCUUUUGCCACACACAAACCAAAUUUUUGCCCGCCGCGAAAAAUGGGUCGAUGAAAUCUUGGAUGGAUAUCUCGGCCUAGUGGACACUUGUGCUAUGGCCAAAGAUUUCAUCUCCCAAUCGAAAGAAUACAUUUCGAACCUCCUUUCGGUCCUAAGGCGAAAGCGCGGCUCGGAAGAUCUUUCUGAGUUCAUCUCCUCAAGAAAGGCGAUCAAGAAGCAAAUACAAAAAUCGUUGAGAAAUAUCGGGAGCUAUAAAAAGAACUCAACCGUUUUAACAGUGGACAAAGAUCAAGAAACCAUUGCAAUCAUUCGUACGUUUAAUGAUAUCAAGCGAACGACAUUUGAGUUGUUCGAGGUAUUGCUUUCGAGUGUUUCGGGUGAAACGAGCCGUUCAAGGCCAAGUAAAUGGUCCCUAGUUUCAAAACUUAUGGGAGCGAGAAAAGUUUCGUGCCACGAGCAAAAGAGCUCGAUGCUCGAGUUUGGAGAUUUGGAUGCUUCGUUGAGUAAAUUUGUUAGUAAAUGCAAGACGGGCUUGAAAAUCGAGGAGUUGCCGCAACAGCUGAGGAAGCUGGAUUUGGUUAUUACAGUGAUUGAGGAAAGAUUGGAGUGUUUGUUCAAACGUUUGAUUAAAUCAAGAGUUACACUGCUCAACAUGCAGAGCCAGUUGUAG